AUGAACCAGACCAUUCAGUUCCAGGAUGCCAAGAAUGAUAUUGUCAUGCUGCCUGGCGGUAGGAGAACCAACGACGAUAUCAUCGCUCAAAUAUUUCGACCAGAAUAUGGGCUCGCUCGAGUAGCCGGGGAAAGUUGUGGCUCCUCUUGUGAUACCUGUAGGCUUCUCUCGUUCUCGACCAAGGCCAAAACCUUUCCAGACAGGGAAUGCGUCCCUGUAAAGCUCUUUGCCGACCUGUGUACGAACUGUACAGUGCUUGGUCUCUCAUGCUGUACAUUCACCGAUGGCGUCUACGACAAGCAUGUACUACACACGCUCGACACUAGACUUGCAACAGACAAGGCGGCAGCGGCUUUAGUGGGCAUGCCUCUGGCCGAUAUCCCCCAGGAGUCACAAUCCUUUACUCAGCAGUUAAGGAUCAUCGAUAGUGGCAAUCAAAACGAUGAUGAUGGCAGAGACUGCGGAGACGACGACCUUGACGAGAGCGACGACUCUGGCGAGAGUGACGACGACUCUGAGUAA